GAUUAAUCUACUUCCUACUUGCAAAAAUGUUUAAAGGGAAUGUCCAAAAAAAAUUACAUAACAAAAGAAUAAAUUUUUAAGUAAUAUCUAAUGCACAUUCAUUACAUUUUCAAUCUACAUAAACUCAAUAAAACCAAAGUCUUUCUUUUUGUUCAAAUCUGUUCUUGCCUCUGCAAUGUGACAUGUUUUCAGUACAUUCAGUCUCUGAAGGGCUGCUUGUUAGUGCUCAUACAUCUACUGCAAAAUAAGUCCAGUCUGUGGCAGAGCUGCUUUGAUAAAUGGGCAUUAAUGAAAUUCAGGGUUCACCAUGAUAGUAGAAGGGGUCCAAAAUUAGCUUUCAGCUACUAAUCCUUUCAUUUUAAACUAAAGGGCUCUACCAACACAUAUUGGUUCAUUUAAUAUGUGCAAGGCAGAGAGCAAAGUGCAAAUUACCAUAUUUUUUUACACGUUGCACAUUUCCUUGCACACAGAUGAAUUGUUGGUCUAAAGCCUGGCUGCGUGUAAUGAAUAUUUGCAUGGUUUUCAGAUGUGACAGCUCCAGUUCACAGUGUAGCCAGAUCAGGGAUACAGGGCAGGACCACAUCAAUAAAUGGACAUUAAAGCAUUCACUCAGGGUUCACAAUGUUUGGGGAGGGGGGUCCAGCAUUAUCUGUUUCAGCUUGCAAGCCCUAAUUUUAAACAGCAUGGGCUGUACAAAAAUAAAAUGACUUAUUUAAUAUGUGCAAGGCAUGGAUUGGGCUAUUUUUUUGCAUUUCGUGUCUUGCUUUGCACAUAGAUAAAUUGCUGUACUGGUGUAUUUAUUAGUGUAGAUGGGGUGAAGUAUGUAGACAUCCACCCUCCAGCCCCCUAACUUGAACAUGCCAGCAGGGAGCACCAGCUCAGCAUCAGCACAGCCAGACACUGGAUGCAAGUGCUUUUUAAAUUAGGGAUUUUGUGCCCCUUAAUGUUCUUGUUGUUCCUUUAGGGGUGUAAUGAAUCCUACAUUUAUUUUUAAAAGCAUGUAUUCCUCAUUUAUUGGCACUGCAGUAAUGUCCUUCAUUAUGAAUCACAUGCACUACUUUACCCCUAGAAGUGAUUGGUUUCUACACAAGGGGUGGAGGGAGUUUAUACAUGCUAUUGCUUUCGUCUGUAUAAAUCUUCAGCUGCCUUACUGGUGAUGCUGCAUCUGAAGUCUGAAACAGCAUUGUGUAUGCUGCCUCUCGGUAUCCAAGCAACAUAAUGGAAUAACCUAGCAAAUAGCUACAAAGUUUUUUUUUGGUCAUAAAAUGCCAUGGAUACAAGAAGCAGUUCGAAUGAAAACCUGAAGAAAUGUAGAUAUCUUGUCAUAAAUUGCACUGUGGAUCAUUUUCCUAUUAAUAUACUGGAUAUUAGAUUUCUUGAUUGACAAUACCAAACUUGGCAGCUUCUGGGAGGAAGCCAAGCAUAUGUUUGUCAUCGCUGAGUAUGAUGGGAAUAAUGAAUUUUACGCAUCAUCAUGAGACACAUCACCUGCACUUUCGGAACCACAGUCGCAUUGCUGGUGUUGGAGCAAACGAUACUAAGGAGAAAGGCCAUCACUCCGGAGGAUGCUAUGAACAAUUGUUUGUGUCUCCUGAAGUUUUUGUCAUCCUGGGUAUCGUAAGCUUGAUGGAAAAUAUACUGGUUAUAGCUGCAAUAACCAGAAACAAGAAUCUCCAUUCCCCUAUGUACUUCUUUAUCUGCAGCUUGGCUGUAGCUGAUAUGCUUGUGAGUGUGUCUAAUGGCUUUGAAACUGUAGUAAUUACACUCUUUAACAAUAUGGACAAAAAUAUGCAGCAUUUCAUUGUGAAUGUUGACAAUAUCUUGGACUCUGUUAUAUGCAGCUCCUUGCUGGCUUCUAUUUGCAGCUUGCUCUCGAUAGCAGUAGACAGAUACUUCACUAUAUUUUAUGCCCUGCAAUACCAUAAUAUAAUCACUGUGAGGAGAGCAGUGGUCAUUAUCAGCUGCAUCUGGACAGCUUGCUCCAUUUCAGGAGUCUUAUUUAUCAUUUAUUAUGACAGCGCUGUUGUGAUUAUUUGCCUGAUUAGUAUCAUUUUCACUAUGCUUGCUCUCAUGGCAUCCCUCUAUGUGCACAUGUUUAUGCUGGCCAGGCUUCACAUGAAGAGGAUUGCUGUUCUACCUGGGACAAGCUCAGUACGGCAGGUUACCAAUAUGAAAGGAGCCAUUACUCUUACAAUCUUACUUGGAGUUUUUGUAGCUUGUUGGUCUCCCUUCUUCCUUCAUCUCAUUUUCUACAUUUCUUGCCCUAGGAACCCUUACUGUGUGUGUUUUAUGUCCCACUUUAAUAUUUACCUUAUUCUAAUCAUGUGCAACUCUGUUAUUGAUCCACUCAUUUAUGCUCUAAGAAGCCAAGAGCUUAGAAAAACCUUCAAGGAAAUGAUAUGCUGUUACUGUAUGGGAGGAAUAUGGGACUUCUCUAGCAGUUACUGACAUGCUGAUAACUAAGGGGCAGAUUUAUCAAAGGUCAAUAUGAAGUAUCGAAUGAAAAAAAAUUGAAUUUCGAGCUAUUUUUUAUGUAUUUCGA